AUGCUUCCUACGCUCCUACUUUGGAGUUUACUCUUUGAGACUCCUCUGGCACAAGAUGCACAGGAUGUCAUCACAAGUGACACAUACUUCUAUGGCCUUUCCCCGCCUGUCUUUCCCACACCGCAACAGCAGGAAACUGGACCAUGGGCUGAAGCCGUAGCCAGAGCCAAGGACCUUGUGUCCAGGAUGACACUGGAAGAGAAGGUGAACUUGACCUCGGGUGUGUCCCCAGACACAGGCUGCUCUGGUGUCAUUCCCGCCAUUCCUCGUCUUGGAUUCCCUGGAUUGUGCCUCGCUGACGCCGGGAACGGCGUCCGGAAUACGGACUACGUGAGCUCAUGGCCAUCAGGAAUCCACGUCGGUGCUAGCUGGAACAAAGACUUGAGUUACAACAGGGGCUACUACAUGGGCUCCGAAGCCAAAGUCAAGGGAGUCAACCUCCUGCUCGGUCCAGUUAUUGGCCCCCUGGGCCGUGUGGUCGAGGGUGGGCGUAAUUGGGAAGGCUUCUCCAACGACCCUUAUUUAUCUGGCAAGCUUGUCCACGAGACCAUCGACGGUAUUCAGACAGCCGGAGUUAUGGCAAGUGCAAAGCAUUUCAUUGCUCAAGAGCAAGAAACGCAUAGACUUCCUGCAAGUAUCACUGGGGCGGAAUCGGUUUCCUCAAACGUUGAUGACAGGACGUUGCAUGAGUUGUAUCUAUGGCCGUUUUCUGAAGCAGUUCAUGCGGGAGUUGCCAACAUCAUGUGCUCCUACAACAGGUUGAACAAUUCAUAUGCUUGCGAGAACUCGAAGGCCCUCAAUGGUUACCUCAAAGGUGAGAUGGGCUUCCAGGGAUUCGUUGUCUCGGACUGGGGUGCCCAGAUGUCCGGUAUGGCUUCGGCACUGGCCGGUCUAGAUGUUGUGAUGCCAAGCUCGAUUCUGUGGGGAGCCAACCUGACCAACGGCGUGAACAAUGGCACUGUGGCCGAGUCGCAGCUGGACAACAUGGCCACCAGAAUCCUGGCAAGCUGGUACCAGCUAAAGCAGGACCAGGACUUUCCCACUCCCGGCUAUGGCAUGGCCAAAGAUCUUUGGCAACCCCAUUUGGUUGUUGAUGCUCGAAAUGCGAGUGCAAAGCCAGCAUUGUCAAUGGGCGCUGUCGAGGGCCAUGUCCUCGUCAAGAACACAAACCACGCACUGCCACUCAAGUCAGAUAUGCGGUUGGUCUCCUUGUUUGGGUACUCUCUCAAGGCACCCGACAAGAACAAUCCGGAACCCGCCGAAGGCAUGUUUUCGUCCUGGGCUAUCGGAGCCCAGUCCUCCAACCUCACCGAGAUCAACACUGGUUUCCUCGGUAACCUGAGCCUCUCAUACGGUGCCAUUGCACCAAACGGAACUCUGGUCUCUGGUGGCGGCUCAGGGGCCAGCGCCUUGAGUUUCUUCAGUUCACCCUUCGAUGCCCUAGUGUCUCGGGCUCAAAGGGACGACACCGCCCUCUUCUGGGACUUGGAGAGCUGGGAUCCCAUGGUUAACCCGACAUCCGACGCUUGCAUCGUAGCAGGCAACGCGUGGGCUUCCGAAGGCUGGGACAGGCCUGCAUUAUAUGACGAAUACACCGACAGCCUCAUUAGGAACGUGGCUGACAAGUGUGCAAACACGAUUGUGGUCCUCCAUAACGCGGGCACGCGACUGGUAGAUGGAUUCCUUGACCAUCCCAACGUCACCGCUGUCAUCUUUGCGCAUCUUCCUGGUCAGGAAAGUGGCAACGCCCUUGUGUCCCUGCUAUAUGGUGACGAGAACCCGUCGGGUCGUCUCCCGUACACCGUUGCCCGCAACGAGACGCAUUACGGAUCUCUGCUGAAGCCGGAUUUGACGCUUGCGCCCCAUAGGUUUCAGCACUUUCCUCAAUCCGACUUUACUGAAGGUGUAUACAUCGACUACAGACACUUUGACGCCAAGAACAUCACGCCCCGGUUUGAAUUUGGUUUUGGACUGAGCUACAGUAAGUUCGAGUACGCCAAUCUCCAGAUCUCCAAGUCGGCUUCAUCAUACGGGGCAUAUCCCACCGGAGCUGUUGUCCAGGGUGGAAGAGCAGACCUGUGGGACGUGGUAGCGACCGUGUCAGCUGAUAUCACCAAUGCCGGUGACAUGGACGGCAAGGAAGUUGCGCAGCUGUACAUCGGGAUCCCAGGUAGUGAUGUCCCCGUGCGACAGCUUCGUGGAUUUGAGAAGCCGCUGCUUAAAGUGGGAGAGACAACGAAAGUGACGUUCAAUCUCACUCGGAAGGACCUGAGUAUCUGGGAUGUGGUAGCACAGGAAUGGCUGCUCCGGCAGGGCAAUUAUGUUGUUUCUGUUGGGCGGAGUAGUCGAGACCUGCCUUUGUCAGGCACGCUUCAGUUGUAA